AAAAGCUAGAGAGAGAGAAAGAGAGAAACAAAUCAAACGGAGACGAAGAAAGCACAAGAAGAAGAUACACACUGAAUCCCUUAACUUCACAGAAAGAAAGAGAGAAGACAUGCAAAACUAAAGUCUGUGUCCUUUCUUCAUCUUCGUUUCAUCUAAAUACUCAAAAAGGCCUUCUUCAUUAUCAUCUUGUUUGACGUUAUGCAUCAGAUGAAUAAGAAAGGUUCCACUUUGCCAUACCUUAAUACUAGCAUCUCAUGGGGUACUAUGAUUCCAACGGUACCCUUAAGCUUGAAGACGGUGGAUGCAACAAGGGCUGAACAUAUGCAGCAUACCACAAAGCAAAUCAGUUUCCAGGACCAGGAUUCACCUUCAACUCAGUCCACUUGUCAGUCUUACACUGAAGUUGCAAGUAGUGGAGAUGAUAAUCCUUCCAAACAAAUCUCUUUUUCAACCAGAUCAGGAUCUGAAGAAACUCAGCGGAAGGUAUCUGCGACUCAUGCUAAAUCAGGUGCAAUUACAGGAUUCCCGAACAUGCACUUUGCUCCUACGCAGGCUAAUUUCUCAUUUCACUAUGCUGAUUCGCAUUAUGGCGGUUUGUUAGCUGCAACGUAUCUGCCACAGGCACCGACAUGCAAUCCCCAAAUGGUUGGUAUGGUUCCUAGUAGAGUUCAGUUACCAGUGGAGAUCGCUGAAACUGAGCCAGUCUUUGUCAAUGCGAAGCAGUACCAUGCAAUCAUGAGGAGAAGGCAGCAACGUGCCAAGCUUGAGGCUCAGAACAAACUAAUCAAAGCCCGGAAGCCUUAUCUUCAUGAAUCACGACAUGUCCAUGCUCUUAAAAGGCCAAGAGGAUCCGGUGGAAGAUUCCUCAACACCAAAAAACUUCAAGAGUCCCAACAGGCUGCUGCUAAAGAACAAGAACAACGUGACAAGUCGGUUCAGGAAGCAAACAAAAAGGCAAACAUGUCUAGAUUCCAAGCUCAUAUGCUGCAGCACAACAAAGACCGUGGCUCAACCACUUCUGGCUCUGACAUCACAUCUGUUUCCGACGGUGCUACUGAUAUCUUCGGACACACUGAAUUCCAGUUUUCAGGUUUUCCAACAACUCAGACUAACCGAGCUAUGCUUGUUCAUGGUCAAUCCAAUGACAUGCAUGGAGGUGGGGACUUGCACCAUUUCUCUGUCCAUAUCUGAGACAUUGAAUCUUUGGUGAUGUUUCAUGUUUCCCACCAUAAGGGGAAGUCAUCCUUGGCUACUACUAGUUCUUCUACUUCUGUUACUUUUCCAUUUUACUUUAUCUAUUGUGUUAAGACAUCACCACAAGAACAUGAACUACCAUAAUCUUCGCUUACCUUGUGUAUCUUCCUAUGUAAACUAGUGGUUUGAUUUUCGUAUAAACUUUCAAUUCCACUUUGUGUGUUUCUUUUAUCACUUCAUGUGUGCCUGUAAUGAAGAAGUCUCUGGAUUCUGUAUGAUUAUGAUAAAUAAAACACAGAUUCUGC